GUACGGCUGCCACAGAAGGAGUUACUGGCAUGUUACCGGCAAAUAACCGCCCUCUCACCACAAUGCCUCGUUCAGCUGUCUCCAAUAGAGGUGCUGCCAAAGUUGGUAUCUCAAGUGGAAACUUCACAGAACCCAAGAAACUGUGGGGGACUAAAGGUUUCUCUAGCGACCAGGAUAGUCCAGUGAGUCACGUUCCUGAUGGAAGUGACAGACGCACAGGUUCUGCUUCCGCUAUGCGUGAAGAAGCAAAUACUCAGCCGGCAACGACCUGUUCAGAGGAGGCAUCCAAAGGAAUGACUGAUACAGAGAGCAUCGUGGAGGAAUUGUUGGCUAUUCUGGCCGAGACAGGUAAGAGUGAUGAGGCAAAAGGCCCGAUUUCCCGUCCGCGAAGCUGUUCUCCUGUGCGUAGGUCGCCGUGUGGGAAUAACAGCCAAAGAGCUUCAAUCGCCAUAAAAUCUCACACCCAAGUGACCUCACCAGGUGAACAGAGGCAGCCUGAAACAAAACUUCGAAAUGAAAUUAGAAAAGAAUGCGGAGAAAGUGGUGAGCAACUGUCCACAGCAGACGCUGCUACUGCAGAUUCAGCGAACGCUCGAAGGAGAUCUAAUCGUGCUGAGGAGCCAAUCGUGCAGCAGAACACGACUACGGUGGAGGAGACUGAUUCUCCCAGAGAGAAGCUGGUGGUGCGUUUCAGCAGAAGCCAGCCCACAGAGAGUAGUGAAGCUUCGGGACCGCCUCCGCAGUGGAGACUCGUGCCAAUCUCCGCGAAGAGUUCUCCCGCGGCGAAGCAGUCCUGCUCGUCCGCCAAGCAGUGCCCGCCCCCGAACUCAGAGCAUUCGCAGUCGGCGGGCAACGGCGCGCAGCCACGUCGCCAGUCAACUGGAGACUGUCGCGGCUCUUCACAGUCCGUACUGUCGCGUGAAAAUUCUCCCUCCUAGCAAGACUCUGACAGCCACAGGCAUACAGGAUGACAGCAAGGUUCCGGAGAGCUGCUGGGACCGUGGGCUUCGUGUUGAGGAAUGGCGGUAAAGUAAGAAUCCUCAUCGCUGUCAUACGUGUGAACUGUAUGUAUAAUUUUUUUUCCGUUAUCCUGAAGCUGACAUCUGUUCAUCCUGUUUCUUGUUCUUUUGAAAUAAGCCUUGGAGAGUCAUUAAAGUGUAAUGGAACUUGCCCACUUAAGAGUCUGGAUACCUACCAGGCGCGUAUGAAGCCUUUUGCUAGCGCAUAACACAAAGUACCUUCUUUCCUGACAGCUUUGCAACGUUGGCUUCGACUAAUCAGCUCCAAGAUUUUUAACAAGUAUUGAAGAGCUCAAAAGUAUUUCAUGUCUGACAUAAG